AUGGAUCAACCCGAGGGAUUUGUUGCUUCUGGACAAGAGAAGAAGAAUAUGGAACCUUCAAAAGAUAGAGAUGCUACACUAAGUUGCUUUGCUGCAUAUGUGUCAUGUAUAGUGUGUGCUUACUUUAUGUUGUUUGAGAAUAAAAGAGAAGUAACUUCUAGGGAACCAACCGAGUUGAGAGAUUCAUUGAGAAAUGCUUAUAUCUACCGAUUAUUCUAUGGCGGCAGAACAUUUGCAUAUGACUACUUAAGAAUGGAUAGAGGUCCAUUUUUUAACCUUGUUCGCAUGUUACGAAAGUCUAGACUUCUUAAAGAUACCAUAUAUGUUUCCAUCGAGGAGCAAGUUGCUAUGUUUUUACACAUAGUAGGGCAUAAUGCAAAAAAUAGGGUUGUUGGUAUAAACUUCGUACGUUCAGGCGAAACUAUUAGUAGGUACUUCAAUGCAGUCCUCGUGGCAAUAUUAAAACUAAGACCAUUACUAAUGAAGCAAGCGAGUGGUGAGGUAUCCGAUGAGAUUCGUUGUAGAUCAACUUGGUAUCGUUGUAGAUCAACUUGGUACCCUUGGUUUGAGAACUGUAUUGGUAUGAUUGAUGGAACACACAUUGCUGCGUCUGUCCCUGAUAAUAUAGUUGCUCGAUUUCAUGGUCGUAAAGAUGGUCCCACACAAAAUGUGCUUGGAGUUGUUACACCUAAUAAGCUAUUUUGUUAUGUCAUGGCUGGAUGGGAAGGGUCCGCUAAUGACUUUACAGUUUUGAGGGAUGCAUUGUCUAUGCCUCCUCCAAAGGGAUUGCGUUUGAUAAAAGAUAAAUAUUAUCUCUGCGAUGCUGGAUAUACGACAAUGCCUGGUUUUAUUGCACCUUAUCGUGGCAUGCGCUACCAUCUUAAAGAGCAAGACGGUAGAGAACCAUUGAACCAUCGAGAGCUUUUUAAUCUUCGUCACUCAUCACUUCGAUCAAAGAUAGAGAGCGCAUUUGGAAUUUUGAAAAAUCGUUUUAAAAUUCUAACAUGUAGGCCUGAUUUUCCAUUUCAAACACAGGUCAAGAUUGUUAUUGCAUGUUGCAUUCUACAUAAUUAUAUAAUGAUAGUUGAUCCAGAUGAUCGUUACAUAACAGAAGAUGUAGUUUUUGAUGAAAGCGAGAGUGAAUUUGUUAGUGAAGAACCUGAGGUUAGCAUGCUCAAUUUAAGCAAAAGGGAACCAAAAGAAGCACAAGCUACUUGGUUAAAGAAAAGAGAUGAAAUAGCAAAGUCUAUGUGGAUAGAAUAUUGCGCUCGAUAUAAGGAAGGUAAUGAGGUGGAAAUUGGAUUAGGACGAUGGAGAAUAUAGAAAAGUG